AUGGCAUCAGCACUGAAUUGCUCUGCUCGGCGGCUUAGGCUCUCUGUAUUUACAGUGCCUAAUGCAUCGGUAGCUACAUCUUGGUAUGCUCACUGUCGUAGUCUCUCAGCAAGUGUUCAACGAUUUGACGAUGAAAAGCCGCCACGCGCAGUAGCUUCGGACAGCUCUGCCACCUCGAGUAGCAGCCAGGAUGGGCCAAAGAACGACUCAAGUCAGGGAAACAGCUAUACACCGCCCUCAAGCGCGUCUUCAGAAUGGCCAUUUGAUUCUAGUGCCUCUGGUGCCUCUGGUACCUCUUUCGAAGACCGUGGUCAAGCAUCCUCGUCCUCGUCUGCCUCCACUGGCUCCGAUACCAACCCAUACAAAGGUCUUUUCGACGGCAGCGACCCCUUCCCCACCAUCGCCGUGCCCAGACUCUCUUCCAAUACAUCUUGCUCGGAUUCGUCUCCCGCUGAGAGUGGCAAAGCUUCGUGGCUUUCGGACCAGCUUGAUUCGCUCACGAUCUCACCGCGCACUUCUCGCACCUCCAAUCGGCCUUCGCUUCCGUCCUCGGCUGAUGGACGUAAGAAGCAUUCCAUCCCACGCUCGGUUCUGUUUGCAGAUUCGGAAAACGUUCGUCAGUCGGACGAUUUCCGACCGCGUAGAUCACCCGAAUUCACACGCAAGCGGUUCGAUCGCACACCUCUGACCCAGCAGGAAGCGAACGCGUUUAUGUCACUUCUCAACCAAGCGCUUGCCGGAACCUCUUCCACUAGCUCCACCAACACGGGAUUCGGAACGACGAGCAGUGACGAGCAGGCGCAACACACACCGUUUGGCAGCUAUACAUCGCUAAUCAGUAGUUCAAAGACGCAAUCCGGGAGCCGAGCGCUGCUGCAAGCGUUUGCGAAGCGAAAUCGACUCAAGCGGUUCGAGGAAGCUAGAGCUCAACGUGCCAAGCGAUUUGUCAGGGAAGGUUUGGCGGCGCAGAUCGACCCGCUGCAGUUGGAAGCGGGCAUCGACGAGGCAAGGGAGCAGAUUGCCAUGUGCGAGAACCUGGUCGAGCUGUUGGAGUGGACCAAGAAGCAAGUUUGGGGUAUUGCAUCUUGCCAUGCGCCGACUCGCUCGGAAAAUCCAGCUGAUUUGGCGCGCAUGAUCUCGCAAACCGCACUGGCUAACUUGUCUGAUUCUACUGAUUCCACCACUGCCUCUGUGCCACCAAAGUACGGCAAGGACACGCCGUUCUAUUCUUCGGUACUUCAUCUGGUCUUCCUCGCGAUCCGCGAUCGCUAUCGUUCGCCGCAGGUUGCGCUGUCCGUCGCGCGCACCACGCGUUCUCUCGGCAUCGAGAGCUACGUCCUCGGCGUCACUGGUUCGCUGUACAACGAAGUGCUCAAAACGCAAUGGGACUGGCUCGGUGAUCUGCCAGGAGUGGUUCAGACGCUUCGACAAGCGCGAGAGACAGGAAUCCUCUCUGCGCCCGUCAAACACUCGCCCACGCCGAACGAGAGCGCACAAGAUAGCCAAAAGUCGGCGUACGCAACCAGCGAAGACGAGACGAUUCGUGAGACCGUGGAUCGCAUCGCUAACGAUGUACGUCGGUACGUGCUCGACCAACAGCUUGCGACCGAUGCGCAGUCCAAGCGCGAGUAUCUGUAUGGCGAGAACGCGCUCGAUCUGCUUUCCGCCCAUGGCACGAGCGCAUCGGAAAAGAAAACGCCUCGUAUCGGCACAGAUUGGAGUCAGAAUUGGCUCUUACUGAAUGCGGAACAAGCGACGAAUUUGGCAGGUCGGCCGUUCAGGACUAUGUACAAACACCGUUCGCGUUCCGAGAGAGAACAGAACGACGACCAUCGACCCACGCGCUCCCACGGUGCUGGCGAGCGCAGAUCGUCUCCACGAUUCUACAAUGAUGCUCACCGUGGUCCCGGAGAAAGGUACCCUUCGACUGCGAGUAGGCAUCUUGAUCAGACGUCGAGCUAG